GUAUUGCACACCUCUAAAAAAACAGUGCUCUGAUUCAUAAAUAUAAAAAGAUCCUCUGAGGAGGGCACUGUUUUUGUGUGAUGGCAACUUCACUUCUAGGGGAGGAGCCGAGGUUAGGAUCGACUCCUUUAGCCAUGUUAGCAGCAACAUGCAACAAAAUUGGGAGUCCGAGCCCUUCACCGUCCACUAUUUCGGAUAAUUCUUCGUCUUUUGGAAAAGGUUUCCACCCAUGGAAGAGAGCAGCCGCCGCGAGCAGCUGCAGCCUCGGAUCCGGCCUGUCCGGCUUCGGAGUGUCCCGUAACGGAUCCGGCAUCCCGGACUCUUUCGGCACCAACAGCUCGAGUGGAUCCAGUGCUUUUUCCCUCACGUCCGGUACCCCGACUGGUUCACACUUUGGAAACGAUUAUUCUGUUUUCCAAGCGUCAGUUUCGGGUGGCUCUCAAGAGUCCAGCCACCAGCCGGUCUUCAUCUCCAAGGUGCACACCUCAGUGGACAGUCUGCAGGGCAUCUAUCCGAGGAUGAGCGUGGCGCAUCCCUAUGAGUCCUGGUUCAAAUCGUCUCAUCCCGGGAUCCCCACAGGAGAAGUCGGAACCACCGGUGCGUCCGCGUGGUGGGACGUGGGAGCGGGAUGGAUUGACGUUCAGAACCCUAACGGAGCAGCACUACAGACGUCCUUACAUUCUGGUGGGCUGCAGACCUCCCUGCACUCUCCUCUGGGCGGAUAUAAUUCUGAUUACUCCACUUUAAGUCACUCUGCGUUCAGCACGAGCCCUUCUCCACACCUGUUGACAACCGGCCAGCACCUGAUGGACGGUUUCAAACCCGUGUUAUCCUCUUAUCCGGACACGAGCCCCUCUCCGCUAGCCGGGGCAGGGGGGACUAUGCUCUCCGGGGGCCCACCUGCGUCUUUGGCUGGGUCUCCGAGGUCAUCUGCUCGGCGGUAUUCGGGCAGAGCCACGUGCGACUGUCCAAACUGCCAGGAAGCGGAGAGACUGGGGCCGGCGGGCGCAAGCCUCCGGAGGAAAGGUCUCCACAGCUGUCACAUCCCCGGCUGUGGGAAGGUUUACGGGAAAACGUCGCACCUCAAGGCGCAUUUGAGGUGGCACACCGGCGAGAGGCCGUUUGUGUGCAACUGGCUCUUUUGCGGGAAAAGGUUCACGCGCUCCGAUGAGCUACAGCGACAUUUACGCACGCACACCGGCGAGAAAAGGUUCGCCUGUCCGGUGUGCAACAAGAGAUUUAUGCGGAGCGAUCACCUGAGUAAACACGUAAAGACUCACAGCGCCGGAGGCUCCGCCGGCUCUGGUUCCGGGGGCAGCGGAGGAAAGAGGGGGAGUGAUACCGACAGCGAGCACAGCGCGCCGGGGAGCCCUCCGUGCCAUUCUCCCGACCUGUUGCACCCACCUGAGUCCUCCCAGGGAGUAGGCAUGAAUGGCCUCUAAAAGUCCUCUCAGUGAAGUAAAAAAAAAACUGUACAACAAAGUGUUGUGAUGUCCAAGCGGACCUGAAAGUGGACAUACUUUAGUGUAUGCCAAGUGUUUAAAUUCAGCAAGAAAAAGGUCAAUUUCUUUUGUCUUUUUUCCAAGAGUUUCAGACUUAUGACAGCAUAAUUUCAUAGCUGUACUAUCACAAACUUCUCAUUAUAACAUCCAGAGGCGUAAUCAACUUUUGUAGGCACACUUGAACAGGGCACAACUUUUAUGUUUUGGCGGUCUGAUUUGAAUUCUCUCUUUAUAUUGUCUCAAACACGCUAAACCAGAAAACACUGCUGAGGACAAAAAUGUAGGCCUGCAAUGUAAGUUGUGCUACUGCUGUCAUUCAUAAUGUUCCAAACCAAACUGUGGCACUUUAUAAUCGAGCAGGAGAUAUUGUUCAUUUUGACGGGCUGCUCGGUAGGAACAAACACCUGUAAGGUUGGGAAGAUUUGGGCUGGGACUGGUUCGUUAUAUCUCUCUGAUCCCAUCAUAAUGCUGUAGGUUUGUAUCACAUAUUAAUACUCACCCCACAGCCUACAGUAUGUGCGCAGUCUGGACGUAAACCAGCUGAGGUUACUUUGCUGCAAAAUGUGUUGUAUAUACUGAGAAAUGUAGGUUAGAAUAAUUACAGCCCCAUGUAAAGGUGAGUAAUGUAUUUGUCCAGGAGACGAUGAUUUUGUAUAGGUAUUUCUAGUUGUAUAUGGACUCUAGUAAAUAUUUGAAAUAUACGAGAAAAUGUACUUUGAUUUUUUUGACAUGAUAUGAAAUGUAUUGUGGGGAGUUCUAUUUAACCACUUUUUUUCUUGUAUCUAGGGGUCUAUCAUUAGGCGCACUUUGAAUUUAUUUGUAAAAGAUUUGGAAAUCAUUUCCUGUUUACCCACCAGUUUAAUUUAAGCAAGCAUGUUGUAAAGUGAUUUUAAUUUUACGAUGAUAUUUUUGUUUCUCCUCCGAGAAUGGCUUUUUAUGUGAGCCACUCAAUAAAGUCAGUAUGAAUUCAGAUCA